GGGGAGUGAGGGGAAUCCAAUCCAGUCCAGUCCAGUCCCUGCCAGAUUGGGAGCAGCCAAGGAAGAGUGCGUGCGACGCAAAGCUGGAGGCGAGGCCACCAAAGCAGAGCAGAGCAGAGCAGAGGGCCAGGCAGCCCGCCGAUCGGAUCGGGACCGGCCGGCGCCGCCGCCGCCGCCCGCCGGAGGCUGUGCCCGCUUCCCGGCCGCGCUAGAUAAUCAAUCAGUAUGGAUCGACGAAGCUGGCCUUGGAAGAAGAAAUCUUCUGAAAGAUCAUCAAACACCGAUGCGUCACAGAGUUCCAAUCAAGCAGAACAGGAUGAGAAAGUUCCAAAAUAUGUGCAGAUUUCACCAGAAAGAUAUUCACAUCUUACUGAAUCAGAAGAACAAAUCGAAAUACUGAAUGCAAAGAUAAAGGUCUUGAAUGAAAAAGUAGCUGCUGCACAAAGUGAGAUGAACACCAAAGAUGCCUUAGUAAAGCAGCAUGCAAAAGUUGCUGAAGAAGCAGUAUCAGGUUGGGAGCAAGCUGAGGCAGAGGCCUCGGCACUGAAAUUUCAAUUGGAAACUAUAACUCUAUCCAAGCUAGCAGCUGAGGAAAGAUCUGCCCAUUUGGAUGGUGCUCUAAAAGAAUGCAUGAAGCAAGUGCGGACAGUGAAGGAAGAAGGUGAGCAGAAGCUGCAUGAUGUAGUGUUUGCAAAGACAAAACACUGGGAGAAAAUAAGAGCUGAAUUAGAAGCAAGGUUAGUCGAGUUUGAACAGGAUAUGAUUAGAGCAGGUGCUGAGAAUGAUGCAUUAUCAAGAUCUCUUGAAGAGCGGGCAAACUUGUUGUUGAAAGUUAACGAGGAGAAGGCUCAAGCAGAAGCCCAGAUUGAAGUACUUAAGAGCACUAUCCAGUCAGGUGAAAAGGAGAUAAAUUCAUUAAAGUAUGAACUACAUGUUGUCUCUAAAGAGCUUGACAUUCGCAAUGAAGAGAAGAACAUGAGUGUCCGUUUAGCUGAUGUAGCAACCAAACAACAUAUGGAGGAUGUCAAGAAAAUAUCAAAACUAGAAGGAGAAUGUCAAAGAUUACGUGGCCUUGUCCGCAAAAAGUUACCUGGGCCUGCUGCAUUAGCUCAAAUGAAGAUGGAAGUUGAUGGCUGGGGUAGAGAUCCAGGAGACAACAGAUUGCGGCGUUCCCCUUCAAGGAGUUCUGCACUCCAGUAUCCUAUGUCUCCAUCUCCUGAUUAUGCUCGUGAAAACUUGCAAAUCAUGCAGAAAGAGAAUGAACUUUUGACAGCACGUUUGUUGUCAAUGGAUGAAGAAACUAAGAUGUUAAAAGAGGCAUUGUCAAAAUGCAACCACGAGCUACAGGCAUCAAAAAACAUGUGUGCUAAGACUUCAUGUAAGCUCCGCAGCAUGGAACUGCACAUGUCGAGUGCUAAUCUAUACAAAAGCCUGACAAAUUCAUAUGUUGAUACCUCUGCAUCAAGUCAGAAAGAAAGCAACCCACCAAGUUUGACUUCCAUGUCUGAAGAUGGUGUUGAUGAUGCAAGAAGUUGUGAGGAAUCUUGGUCCAGUACUUUGGUGUCUGAAAUCUCACGCAUCAAGAAAGAUAAAGCUGGUAAGCACAAUUUGACUGAAAACUCCUAUCAGAUGGGCCUUAUGGAUGACUUCCUGGAGAUGGAGAGAUUGGCAUGUCUGUCUUCUGAAGCUCAGGAGUGUGAGGGCAUUGUCGAUAAAAAGGUUGGUAAAGUUAUUGAGACUCUCUCCUCUAUCACUAAAAAAGAGAGCAACGAUAAUUCAUCACCAGCUUUACAGUCACCAGGUUCUCCAUUUAGUAGUGAUAAUCUGAUUGCCAACUGUCCACUUUCGAAACUGCACUCAAGAAUUUCUGCUUUGUUGAGCUCUCAAUCAUCGCAGAAUAAUGUUAUGAAGGUGCUGGAUGAUAUCAGGAAUAUCCUAAGUGACAUUGAACAUGAUGUAGAAUCUGUGAAUGUAAACAAACUUCAGCAUGAUGACAUUUUUGAAGUUACUGAUAAUGGAUCUUCAACAAAGGAAGCCAAACCCUUGGGCCUUAUGGAUCAUAGUCUAAGAAAUGCCAUUUUGAAGAUUCAUGAGUUUGUCAAGUUACUUAUAAGACAAGCAUCUGAGUUACAAGGAAGUUCUUACUAUAGUGUUGUAUUUCAGAAGAUAGAACAGUUCUCCACGUUAGUUGAUGAAGUUCUGUCUGGUGGUAAUGGUUUAAAUGAGAUUAUUAUUGCAUUAUCUGAAAUAUUGCUAGAAAGUGGUGAGUUUAAACUCACAUUGUUGGGGGAGACUGCUAAUGAGGUAGAAAGCAAUAAUGUAGAUUGUGUUGAUAAAGUGACACUAUUGGAAAACAAAAUUCAUCAUGAGUCAUCGCAAGAUAGUGUAUCUGGUGCUUGUUCCCUUAUGCCACAUUCAUCUUCUGACCCUGAUUUUGAGGGUCCGAGUCUUAGUGAUGCAUUUGAUGUUAAAACUACAGUGAGGAUAUGCGCAUCAGAGGAAUAUGAAAAACUGAAAUUGGAAAAGAGAAAUAUAGAGAUGGAAUUAACAAAGUGCAAUGAAAUGAUCGAAACUACAAAUCUUAACUUUAGUGAGAUGGAGAAAAACCUUGUAGACCUUACAUCGAAGUUGGCAGCGUGUGAGAAAUCAAAUAGCUUGGCUGAAACACAAUUAAAGUGUAUGGCUGGAUCAUACAAAACACUUGAAUCCCAGAAGGUGAAACUAGAAGAAGAAAUAAAAGUUUUACAGACAAAGAUAGAUACUUUAUCAGCUGACCUUGCUGAAGAAAGACGAAGCCAUCAGGAGGAUGUAGCCAAGUAUAGAGACCUCAUGGAGCAUAUGGAAAGGUAUGAGAAGAGUUCCUUACUCAUAGCUGAGGAUUCAGAUAUUAAACAGAAGAAGGAGAAAGAAAUAGCUGCUGCAGCAGACAAACUUGCAGCGUGCCAGGAGACAAUAUUGCUCCUUGGUCGGCAGCUGCAAACUCUGCGCCCUCCUCCAUCAGAAUCAUGGAGUUCUGCAAUAAACACACAACUGGUGGGGCAGUUUCCAGAAGAUCAAGCAGGACCAGCUCAAAGUAUACAUUCUAAGAAGCCGUCAGGUCAAUUUGAUGCAGAUUAUAUAUUCUCAAGUGCCCCAGGAACAGGAAAUGUGUCUCCCCUGAGUGGUUAUAAUCCACACAAAAGUCCCUCUAAUGCAGCUGGUAGCCCUUACUUUACUUCGCCAGGCAAUUCUAAGCGUCCCAAGCAUAGAUCUAGAUCAUCAUCUUCAUCAUUUUCUAACCAGUUACCAGAGAAAAAAGGUCGAGGAUUCAGUCGGUUAUUCUCAAAAGGCAAGAGUGACCGCUAACCUACUCAUCCUACACAGAUUUUGGUUUAUUUUCCUCUCAAGGUGAGCGAUUCAAGUCAAGAUUUUGGCAACAGCAGCUGAAAACCUGUUUAUUUAUCUUGCAAAUGGUUCCUUGAUUUAAGGAUUAGUAUUUACUUGAGGUUGACUUAUAUCUAGAUUUCAGUGUGAUAGUUUUAGCCACUAGUUGGCUAUAGCUUUUUGAGUUGCAUUUACAUAUACCUCAGUAGAACCUCACUGUUUAUUUACUUAUAUUUGCGAAGAUUGAAGAUGUCGUGUCUUGUGAGUUAGAUAUCCCUACUGGAGGAUGAAUUAGCCUGUGUGUUGUGCCAUACUUGUGUUUGAACUACACUUGAUGUACAGUUAACCUACAUAUGUAAGGUGUUUGAACUAUUGUUACCCAGCAUGUUCAGUAAAAGCUUAAAAACCCUGUGUGCGUAUUGCUAGUUUUGAUUA